AUGAAACUGCACGACUACAGCAAGGCUGAAGGCGAUGAUGAUGAUAAUGAUGCUCCAAAGACUGCACUCGUCAACUGCAGCAACAACAACCAGCCAUUCAGUUCCAUCAACAGUGACACUAAUAUAAAAAACAGUACUGACUACAACAACAACUGUAUUACUUUCAGCAACAAUAACAACAAAAACCUUUCAAACAACAUCAACCAUGUUGUGAUUAGUAGCUGCAGCAUAAACGACCACAAUAAUAAUCACAACAGCCAGAGUUACAACAACCACAACAACUGCACUUACUUCAACAACCACAACAACAACGAUGGCAGAAAGGACAUGGACAACUGCAACUACACACACGGUGACAAUAUCAAACAGUUUGAAAAUGAAUAUUUAUUGCGCCGAAAUAAAGAAUGCGAAAAAAACUUCAACCAUAACACGUUGAUACCAUCAUCUUCAUCCUCAUCAUCAACAUCAUCAACAUCAACAACUUCAUCAUUGUCGUCGUCAUCAUCAUUAUCACAAUCUCACAACAACACCAAACAAUCCAUUUUUCAUGCAGCCACUCUAGCAACAGCCAACUACAUCGGCCGCAACAACCACAGCAGCAGCAACGACAACGACCACAACAACGACGACAUCCUCUAUUUUAAAAACGCAUGCGUCAGCCAUCGCCAUGACAACCAUACAAUUCCUUAUUAUGAGACGUCAAAGAAUAAUUACUGCAAUGCUAACUGUUCACGCAACGACGAGACAUUACACCAUUGUUGUCGUAUCAACAACAACAACAACAUCAACAACAACAACAACAACAACAUUGAUGACGAUGAUGACGACAACAUUAGCAUUAGUAAUUAUGACCACAGCAACGUUAAUGAUGCCUACAUUAAUCACACUGAUUACAAUAACAAAAACAGAAUAAGAAGUUGUUGUACAAACAUACCUUACAACAACAUCAUUAAAUUUCAAAACAAGACUAACGCCUGCAACUGCUACUACCAUAACAACAACAACAACAACAACAAUGGUGACAUUAAAAACAUGUCUACCAGCAAAAAAUUGUUCACUUUUAGUAACAAAUACAAUGAAAGCAACAAAAACAUUAACCGAAUCAACAAUCACAUUCCUAACAAUAACAACAACAACAACUUUUUUAAUGAUAAUAACAAUAAUAAUAAUAAUAACAACAACAACAACAAUAAUAAUAAUCCAAAUAAGGGGCGAAAAUAUUCAGCGAAUAAUUCUAUAAAUAACAUCAGCCGAUCGCCAUUCAGUAGCCACAAACACUCCAUAAACAACGUGUCCGUGUAUAAUAGCGAACAUACUGUUAGCAAAAAUAACGAGGGCAAUAAUAAUAAUAAUAAUAAUUAUAAUAAUAAUAAUAAUAUUUAUAAUAAUAAUAAUAAUCAUAAUAAUAAUAAUUAUAGUAAUAAUAAUAUUUAUAAUAAUAAUAAUAAUCAUAAUAAUAAUAAUUGUAAUAAUAAUAAUAAUGAUGGCAAUAAAAAUUUUCAAGAUAUAAAUAGUAAAGGAAGCAAGCGGAUAAGAAAAGCUGACCACAGCAGACACCGGCCCAUCUCACCUGGAAAUCAACGAAAUGCCCACAGAAGGAUCUCUGGAAAUUUGGACACGCACAUCCCUUGCAAAUAUAAUUUCCUCGCCAAAACAUUCGACGACGAUUGUCAAAUGUCAAACGCCAGAGACGUGCAUACAAGCGCCACAACAAGCGCCACAACAAGCGCCAGCAAGCACAACCGCAAUAAUACACACACUUGGCAACAGACAGGCCAACAACACGUUAAUUCGCCGUCAUGUCGUGACUAUCGAAGAUUCACUAAUAACGAGGAUGUAGAUGAUAACGAAGAUGAUGACGUAGAGGAUGACGUAGAUGAUGACGAAGAUGGUAAUGAUGAUGAAGAUGGUUAUUAUUAUGAUAAUGAUGAUGGUUAUAAUAAACUUCGCAUGGGACAAAUGGCCAAGAGCACAAAAACAGCAGCAGCUGCAGCAGUAGCAACAAUGACCACCACCUCAAACUACACAUUACAGAUCUUACUCUCAUGCAUACUUAGAGGCAUUUAUGAAUUUACAAUAUUAGCAAGGAGUUUGCAUCACUCUCAUAGGAGUCAACACUUGCAUGCCAUUAAUCACCUCCAACAUGUUAUUGAUGUUGGAGUUGAGAUUGUUGAGGUUGUUGAGGUUGAGGUUGUUGAUGCUGAGGUUGUUGAAAGGAAGUGGAGUGGUAUCAUGAGAGAUUCUUCAGUAGAUGCCCAGCAGCCACCAAGGUCGUCAGCUCCAGUGCCCACUACCUACCCUAUCCGAAACCUCAUGAACAACUGGAUACGUUCAGAAAGUCAGAGGCAGUCCCUCGUCUACCAGAAGUUCUACCUGACCACCCUCCUCAGUGCCUACCAAAAAAAUGAAGAUGAUUACACUGAGUUACUCAGUGCGAUGCUCGGUUGCGAUUACGAGAAUGAUGAAUCGGUACGUAGAAAUAAAAACACAAUCUUAAUAUCAUCCUACAAAAGGAAGUUUAAAAAGAUUUUCGUAGUGAUUGUGUUCGUAGUCAGAGUUGUCAAGUUAGCCAAAGUACUUCGUACCGUUGGAAGAAAAAAUGAAGAUAACUAUAUCCCCCAUUGUUUCUUAUGA